GGCCAUGGCGGGGCCGGCCUGACCCGGCCCGGCCCGACCCGACCCGACCCGCGCUCGCCGCCGCGAUGCUGCCGAGCCAGGCCGGGGCCGGGAACGGCGCCGCCGCCGCACUGGCCCGCGGCUCGGCCUUGGGCCGGGCGCCGGUGCCUCGUGGGGCGAACGGCGGCGGGGCGGCGGCGGCGGGGCCGCCCGGCGGCCGCCUGGAGCGGGAGGCGCUCUACAGCGGCAGCGAGGGCGACUCGGAGUCGGCCGAGGAGGAGGAGCUGGGCGGCGAGCGGCGCGGCGUGAAGCGCGGCCUGGCCGAGGCGGCGGCGGCGGCGGCGGCAGGGCCGGCGGCGGGAGCGGCGGCGGCGGCCGGCUACAGCGGCGGCGGCGGCGGGGCCGUGAGCGGCGCCAAGCCCGGGAAGAAGACGCGCGGCCGGGUGAAGAUCAAGAUGGAGUUCAUCGACAACAAGCUGCGGCGCUACACCACCUUCAGCAAGAGGAAGACCGGCAUCAUGAAGAAGGCCUAUGAGCUUUCCACACUGACAGGCACCCAAGUCCUGUUGUUGGUGGCCAGCGAGACAGGCCACGUGUACACCUUUGCCACGCGGAAGCUGCAGCCCAUGAUCACCAGUGAGACGGGGAAAGCACUGAUCCAGACAUGUCUCAACUCCCCGGACUCGCCUCCGCGCUCGGACCCCACUACCGACCAGCGCAUGAGCGCCACGGGCUUCGAGGAGACUGACCUCACCUACCAGGUGUCGGAGUCGGACAGCAGCGGGGAGACCAAGGACACGCUGAAGCCGGCGUUUACCGUCACCAACCUGCCAGGAACAACGUCCACCAUCCAGACAGCCCCCACCACCUCGACCUCCAUGCAGGUCAGCAGCGGCCCCUCCUUUCCCAUCACUAAUUACCUGGCGCCUGUGUCUGCCAGCAUCAGUCCCAAUGCUGUCACAAGUGCCAACGGAACAGUGCUGAAGACUACCGGAGCCAGUGCGGUGACAUCCGGGGGCCUCAUGCAGAUACCUACCGGCUUCACUCUCAUGUCAGGUGCUUCCCUUUCUCCGGGGACCCCUACCAUUCCUUUCGCUCAGUUACAGCCGCACUCCCUGGCUCUUUCCAGCCAGCAGGGCCAGGCGGUUGCGGGUACGGCUGGACAGCUGCAGCAGGCACAGCAGACAGUCUUCCGCUUCCCUGCCAGAGCUGGAGGGCAGAUCGUGUCGCUGACAGGUGGUACCAUGGCGCAGCAGGUCCCAGUCCAGGCGAUCCAGGUGCACCAGGCACCGCAGCAGACGUCCCCCUCUAGUGACAGCAGCACUGACCUUACCCAGACCUCUUCCAGUGGAACAGUGACCCUCCCGGCAACCAUCAUGACGUCGUCUGUGCCAACCACUGUGGGUGGCCACAUGAUGUACCCCAGCCCACAUGCGGUGAUGUACGCGCCCACGUCUGGCCUCACGGAUGGUGGACUCGCAGUCCUCAACGCUUUCUCACAGGCGCCUUCGGCAAUGCAGGUGUCCCACAGCCAGGUCCAGGAUCAGGGUGGUGUCCCCCAAGUGUUCUUGACAGCUCCAUCAGGCACUGUUCAGAUCCCGGUCUCAGCUGUCCAGCUUCACCAGAUGGCUGUCAUCGGGCAGCAGAGCAGCAGUGGCAGCAGCCUGACGGAGCUGCAGGUGGUCAACUUGGACACCUCACAUGGCGCCAAGAGUGACUGAGGCCUCUGCUGCUGGCCUUGUGCUGUCCCUGGCCUGUUACGCCGGUGCCGGGGCUGGCAGCAAUUCCUUCUCGUACAGACUGCACCAGUUAUUUAUUGUUGCCUUUUCACGUUUCCUUCACCCACACAUGCACACACACACACACGCAUGCACACACACAUGCACGCACACACACACACCCCCCUGCCCUCCCCAAACACACAGGCACGUGUGUGGGGCUGCUGGACCCACACCAUGGAUGGAGCUGUGCUGGGGCCAUGCAGGGCUUGGGGGCGUUUGGAUGCUGCGAUAGCUGUGCUUUUCUCACGCCAGCCAAAGAAACUUGUCCCUCAUGGGGAGGGCGUGCUCCGCGCUGUAAAUAAAUACUGCGAGCCGUUCCCAGUUGGAGGCUCUGGCUCCUUCAGGAUGCUCCAAGUCUCCUCAGGCCCAGAUCUGUCCCACAGGCCACAACCCAAAGCGGCACAGGCUAAGGCUGUGCUGUUGGCCUCAGCAAUGUGCCUUUGGGAGGGGUGACGCGUCCUGGCCUCAGCAGCUGGCUCUGGGCUUUGAGGAAGAGCAGUCAGCUCAGAUGUGCAUCUCGGGCUCAGCCUGUGUGCGCUCCCUCCGGACAGCGGUGGGGGCCUCCUCAGGCAGGGUGCAGCCUGCAGCCCGUGGCCUCGUCCCCCUCGUAUGCACUACAGCGAGCCCUCGGCCCUCAGUGCCUCCUUGUUGGGCCGCCCAGCAGGUUUGAAGCCCACCGUGCUCUGCUGCCGGCAGACGCCACCAAAGUGGUCAGUGGGUGCCCAGGACCGCGAUGACACCCCCAGAGACCUUUUGGGGCACGCUGCGGCUAUCCCAGCACCACGCUCUUGUCUUGGCCCUCGCUGUGAGCAGUGCAGCCUCCGUACAUCCAGGGGGAUGUGUCUGGGUGUCUCCUACAUCCUUCUGCGGCUCUGCUCAGCACUUCCUAAAUUCCUGUGUGAUACAAGGUGAAGAAACAACACCAGUGUCAAAGAGAAGAGCUCACAGGGCACCAAGCUGCUGGGCAGGUGGCAGGUGCUUCCUCUGGGCACCAGGGUGGCCAACAGGCUUUCCUAGGCUAUGGAGGAGCUGCUGAGACACCUGUGCAGGCAUGGCAGGGCUGGGGGAAGAGGGCUGGAGCAUGCCUGCUCCUGCAGGGUUGUUCCUGCAAGCGGCUCUGCUACCUAGCCCUGUCCCUGGAGGGAGAGCAAGCAAGUGAGAGAAGCUGCUGAACCCUUAGGGGAAGAAGCAGCUACUGUAACUUUUUUUUAAGUUAAAGACAAAAGAAGCCUUGAAAAAAAAUGACUUUAUUUUUCUAAGUGUUAAACUCAGUAUUUAUGUAAUUCUUUAAGGAAUAAAAGUUUGGCUCCUGUACAGUUUUCAUGGGGUUUGUACCUGGGAGAUGGGAGAGGGGUGGGUGGGCAUGGAGACAGGAAGGGGCCUUGCUUUUGAGUUUGUAUUGUAACCUUGGAUAAUGUUCCUUCAGCAUUAGCGUUUAAGCUGCGCUUUCUGCCCACCAGCACGUGCCAGGGACUGAGCUGGAUGCUUGUGUUCUUCUUCCCUGCACUGAGGACUCAAUACCUGUAAUUUCAGGCUUAAUUGGUGGGAGGCAAGCAAAGCAGCAGCUGCCCUGUAGGAGUGAAGAACCUGUCCCUUUGGAGUAAGGGGCUUGCAGGAGUGCCUGGCAGCCCCAUCCAUCUUUGCUCUAGGGGAGUGUGGCUGUUUUGGCCUGGAACAAUGCUGCCCACAACUGCCUGAGGGGCUGUGGGCAUCCCCACUCCCCCUGGGGCUCCAGUGGGCUGAUCCCUGCUCUCCAUCUGCUUGUGAUGCAGGCAGCUUCUCCUAAACUCUGAGCCACUCCUUAACGCGCAGGUACGCACAGGGCCUUUCCAAGUCCCCGUGUGCCAAGGCAUCUCCCAGAAUGAUCUGCCAUGCAGCCUCUGAGGGGCCCAUGUGGAGCAGGGUGGCCUGUAUGGUGACAGUGACAUAGCAUGCUGCCUCCUUUUUGUAGCCUUGCUCGUAACAGUGGUGGGUAUCCUGCAGCUGGGAGCAAUGGGGUUGUUUUUAGGUAUAUGGAGGCUGCUCAGUGAUGCCUCCAAAAAACAGAAAAAAAAAAAAAAAGAGUUAGCUAAGAGUUUGCCUACGGAGAAAAACAGGGGUUGGGGUUUGUGUUAUACUUUGCCUCAGCAAGAUCAUCAUGGCCUGGCUUUGCUCUGCUUUGCUUUGCUAGCACUGUGGAGCAGAGCUGUUGGGCUGGGGUGGCAGGAGCACCACUGCUGCUACGGGGUGUUGCGCUGCAUCCCCUCUCUGGCUCCCUAAAGGUAACCGCUGGUUAAACGCUAAUGGUGUAUUUUAUUUAAGUGCAGACUUGUAAGAACACUUGUUUAUCAGGGACGAAACGACAUUUAUUGUGUGGUGACAUUUUUAGUUCAUUUUACUGGUUUGGGGGUUGUGUGCGUGUGUGCAUGAGUGAGCGUGUGUGUGUGUGUGUAUCUAUGUGUGUGUGUGUUUGGGGGGAUAUUUUUUUUCCAGUUUCCAGGGUUGUGUUUCUGGAAGGAUGUGGAAGUAAUCACAGUACUAUGUACAGAGCUUUCUUUUGUAUUAAAAAAAUUACUCUUUCAAUAAAUGUUAUCAUUUUGUGCACAGA